CUCUGCCCGCUCCCUCUGAGGCGGCGGUGGCGGCGGCUCCGCCCGGCUCCGGCUCCGGCCCCGGCUCCGGCUCUGGCUCGGCUCCGCCCGGCCUGACAUGAGCAUCAUGGACUUCAAUGUGAAGAAGCUGGCUGCGGACGCUGGCACUUUCCUCAGCCGUGCCGUGCAGUUCACAGAAGAAAAGCUUGGUCAGGCAGAGAAGACUGAAUUGGAUGCUCACUUAGAGAAUCUUCUUAGCAAAGCUGAAUGCACCAAACAUUGGACAGAAAAAAUUAUGAAGCAAACAGAAGUGCUAUUGCAGCCAAAUCCUAAUGCUAGAAUAGAAGAGUUUGUUUAUGAGAAGUUGGAUAGAAAAGCUCCAAGUCGUACAAACAACCAAGAAGUCUUGGGGCAAUACAUGAUUGAUGCAGGGAAUGAAUUUGGCCCAGGAACUGCUUAUGGUAAUGCCCUCAUCAAAUGUGGAGAAACACAAAAACGAAUUGGAAUGGCAGACAGAGAACUGAUUCAAACAUCUGCAAUAAACUUUCUUACUCCUUUAAGAAACUUUAUAGAAGGAGAUUAUAAAACAAUUGCUAAAGAAAAGAAACUACUGCACAAUAAGAGACUUGAUUUGGAUGCAGCAAAGACCAGACUAAAAAAGGCAAAAAUGGCUGAGGCCAAAGCAAUACAACUAAAUUCGACUCAACCUGAAGGAGAUAACUUUAUGGUAAAUUUAUCUUACAUGCUCAACUUGCUGCAUGUAAAAUGGCUGAAGAUUUGGGCGGAGGAAGUAACAAAAUCUGAACAGGAAUUAAGAAUAACUCAGAGUGAAUUUGAUCGACAAGCAGAGAUAACUAGACUCCUCCUGGAAGGGAUCAGCAGUACACAUGCACACCACCUUCGCUGCCUGAAUGACUUUGUGGAAGCCCAGAUGACUUACUAUGCUCAAUGCUACCAGUACAUGCUGGACCUGCAGAAACAACUUGGGAGUUUUCCAUCUGCCUUUGUUUCUAACAAUAAUCAGUCUUCUGCAACUUCCAUGUCAAAUGCCUCCGUUUCUUCAUCAACCGCAGUUACCACCUCUCUCUUGCCUUCAACAAGUAACACAGUUAUUACUCCUACCGUCAGUGACUUGAAGGAGUCCAGUGGAAGUAGGAAAGCCAGGGUGCUUUAUGACUAUGAUGCUGCAAACAGUAGUGAAUUAUCACUUCUCGCAGAUGAGGUGAUCACAGUUUACAGUAUCGUUGGUAUGGAUUCAGACUGGCUGAUGGGUGAAAGGGGAAAUCAAAAGGGCAAAGUACCAAUUACUUACUUAGAACUGCUCAACUAAGUGGGGGGGCCUCUAGACAGACUACCAGUUAUGACACAAUAUUUAUAUAUGAUUAACUAUGUAAAGCAGGUUUAAGUGUCUUCCAUGUUAAUGUCUUAAGAGACUCAGAAACUACCAGCCAUCAGAAAUAGGCUUUUCUGCCAAUAAUGUUGCAUGGUAAAUUUUUCAUUGCUUCAGAUUUGGUGUUAAGAGCUUUUUACUUCGUGCCAAGGAUGUUUUCUUACAGGAUUUUCUGUUUCUACUGAAGUUUUCACUAACAAGCGGAUUCUACUUUUGAGUAAACUAGAUCGAAAGCAGGAGAUCUGUUUUCUACUGAAUUUUUCACUAAUGGCAAGCUUCUUCCUUUAUGUAAAAUAAAUUUAUUGUGAAUUGA